CUGAAUGAUCCUGAAACACAACUCAAGUGUUGGUUAGGAGAAUUGAAGGAGGCUCUGCCCGCGCAUCUUCUUCACUCUACUAGCAAGUAACAUUAGCUAAGAGAAGAAAGAGGCAACUCGACACUCUACGUUUCUGCCACGAGCAACGACGAGCCCCCAGUGUGUUUUUACUCGGGGCUGAGUAAACGAGCCGCUUGUUGUGUAUCAUAAUAUACCCGUAACGCCUGCUGCUGUACCUACUAACUGACUCUAACUCGUUUCUUCCGUCCACUUAAACGCGAAAAAUUCAUUUCUUUCUAUUUCGCCAAAAAAAAAGAAAACACUCCUCCUUCGAAUCUCGUUAUAAAUUGUGAACUGUGAUUAUUAUGUGAAUGAAAAUAAUUUAAAUUAAAUGUUUAACGAUAUUUAAUAACAUGCUGGUGAUAUAAGAAUUAAAAGAUAAUUUUAGUGGUUAGUGAGUGAAGUUUAAGUUGUUGUUGAACGAAUAUAAACAGCAAUACGAUGCAUACUUUAUUUGGUGAACAAAAUGCUUAUUACAGGCAUGCAACGAGUGUUCCAGUUGGUAUGAGUACUUCGUCGUAUCCAGGAGUUGGUGCAGCACCGGCUUACUACGAGCAAUAUCGUUAUGGUGGUUAUGCAACAGCGGGUUAUCCCGUCGCUGGAAUAUCACAGCAGCAUAUGCAUCAUCCAGCCAAAGAUAUGGUGAAACCACCAUACUCUUAUAUAGCAUUGAUAGCUAUGGCGAUACAAAAUGCACCUGAUAAAAAAAUAACUUUAAAUGGAAUCUAUCAAUUUAUUAUGGAGCGAUUUCCUUAUUAUCGUGAAAACAAGCAAGGUUGGCAAAAUUCAAUAAGACAUAACUUGAGUCUCAAUGAAUGUUUCGUGAAAGUUCCACGGGAUGAUAAAAAACCAGGAAAAGGAAGUUACUGGUCAUUGGAUCCUGAUAGUUACAAUAUGUUUGAUAACGGAUCUUAUUUAAGAAGAAGACGGCGAUUUAAGAAAAAAGAUGCAUUAAAAGAAAAAGAAGAAGCAUUAAAACGCCAAGGGAUCGUAUUAGAUAAACGUGAUGACAUCAAAUCUAAUCACAGUAUAGAUUCAACUAAAAAAUUGUCAUCAUCAGAGUGCAAGCAGCCGAAAAGAGAGCCGUUGAAUGACCAGCCUCAUUGCAUGGGUAAUAACGGUUCAGUCGCUAAAUAUGGAAGCAUUCAAGAUAGUAAAGCAAUAACAACAACUGCAAGUGUAAUUCAAACGAAUUUGGGACAUGCAUCUGGUCUGCAAAUUCAACAUCAACCACAUCAAGUGCAUCAAGAUGUUGCAGUAACUGAUGUAAAUAUUGGUUUGGAUCCAGCGAAUUUCAGUGUUGAUGCGUUGAUGACUUCGAGGGAAAAUAGUGCUUUAAUGAACCGUGAUCAUCAUUCACAACAUCCUCAUUCAAUUCAGCAUUCUCAUGGGCAUUCUGGGCUUUCGCAUUCGUCUAUAAUGACGACAUCAAGAGAUCCUAAUACUACCGUCGGUACCAGAGAUCUUACAUCAGUGGUCACUACAACUAGCACGACAACCGCUGCUGCAGUCGCAAUGAUGCCUUCCACUGGGUACAGUCAUGUAACACCCUCGAGAGGUAAUUCUAGUCCAUCUGGGACAAUGUAUUCUCCCUAUUGUCCAAGCUCUUCGGGAUAUAUAAUGGAUCAUACGGAUUACAAUGCUUCUGCGGCCAGAAACCAUAAUCCACCACAUUCCCAAUGGUAUCAAGAGGCUGCAAGUCCCGAUUCCGCAACUAUUUAUCAGGAUACACAAUCACCGAGCUGUCAAUUAUACAGGUCGAGCCCACCUACUCCUUUAUCCUCAAGUGCGGCUCCUUCGCCGCCAUUGUAUCACAGUCAUAGAUAUUAUCAGGAUUGCAAUGCAGUUAAUACUAGUGGUAAUCUUCCAAUAACGUUACAUAAGUACUGAGAUUAUCGAACAAGGUCUCAAAGAGACCUUGUAUCAUCGAUAAGUGGCAAUCAUUAUCAUCAACAGAGGCAUGAAGAUUAUGAUCCAUAUUUAGUUUACAUUAAGCAAGAGUGGAUUUCACCUGAUGAACUUCCAAAAGAAUGGCACUGAUAAGUUAUACGUGACUUAAUGUUAAACACAUAAAAAAAAGAGAAAAAAAGUAUAUAUUUGCGCGUAACAUUGUGGAAUAAAGUAAUUAAUAUAAUUUAAAGGUCAAGAUUGAUAUGACAACUGUGUAAACUGGAGGUUUCCGAAGGCUUUUAUUAAUAUACGAGUUUUUUGACCUAAGUCAAACAAUACUUUAAAAUACGUACGCUAUUAUACUGACAUUGAAUCUGCAGAUACUCUUUCUUUUCCGGUUUACCAUCACCUUAUCUACAUCAUAUCGAUGAUCUUGCUUAAUUUUUUUCUUGUUAUACUUGUCGAGUGUAAGAAAUAAUAACUGUGUAAAUAGAGGACAACAUGGCACUAAAUAAAUCAACGUGAUGACACUUUUUUUAAAUUUUUGUUUACCAAUCGUCUGUCUCGAUAUCAUGAAGAAUCGGAUGUAAAAAAAAAUGCGUUUAAAAGGACGAAUCAAAGUCAUUCCUUUAUCAAUUGUUAUGGAGCUUUUAUCUGAUUUUCAUUAAUUAUUUAUUUAUCUAUUUAAUGAUGCAUUUAAUUUUUAUAUUUAUAGUAAUCAUUUUUGUUUUAUUUAUAUUACGAAAAUGUCUAUAACCAGUAUGUUCAUAAAAGAACUGAGAUAUAUUUAUUAAUAGUCUAUACAAAAGAAAAUUAAUAUUUAAUUCAAAAUAAUGUGAAUAAAUAGAAAAUAGAUUUAAAUUAAAUCAUUAUAAUUAUUUAUGUAGAAAUAAAAUAUUGGACAUAGACGAUGUAGUUAUUAGUUAUUGAGCGGUCACGAAUUUUCAUGUUCGGUUCUUUGCGUGUAGAAAUGUUCAAUAGUUUGUAUAUUAUAAAAAAAAGAAAAAAAAAAGAAAAAAAAAACGAUAAAGAUAUGAUACGAUAAUUUUUAAGAAACAAAUAAAAAAUUUCAAGUGCACAUAAAUGUCUCGCAAGUUGUGAGGCUGAUUAUUAUUAUUAUUAUUAUUAUUAUUAUUAUUAUUAUUAUUAUACAUAUAUGCAUAUAUAUAUAUAUGCAUAUGCAUUAAAAAUACUUCGCAUAUUAAUGUGAAUAUUCCAAAUAAAAAUUGAAUUAAAAGAAAAAUGUGUUCAUUUAUUUGUUUCAGUUCGAUAUUAAAAAGAAAUUAAAUAACUUAUUAUUUGUUUAAAAAUUUUAAAUUAUAUAUACAGAUGUAUUAUUGUAACCACGAUCAUUUAUAUACUCUCUCAAU